GAAAAUAGUAAGCCUCUCGCACUGACGCAGCUUACCAUAAUCCACCGAACCACAAAGUAACUCAAUCAUGUCUUUCCACAACCUUGGUCUCCGCAUGGGCGGCGUCUCGAGCACUGUAUUCGCCGCCCAGGGCGUGUUCCUUCUAGGAAAUGCAUUUUACUCGAUUCUUUUUCCAUCAUCGGUCGCCCACUUCGAGGGCUCGUCGUUGACCGGAACUCCCGAAGGCGCUGUUCAAUGCAUUGGCCUGACCUCUCUUGCGCUUGGCACAUACUAUCUCAUCUCGACAUACCAGCGCGAUACUCUGAUCAUGGUCUCUUCGAUACCUUCUCGUCUGGUGGCAGCGUGGGUCAUGUAUCGGAAUGGAGGCAAUUGGAGACCAGUUGCGGCCUUUGAAACCUCGAUGGCCGUAUUGGCUGGUGCAGCACUACUUUGGGAUCGGUUUAUGUGAGCUGAGGGUGCAUAGCGGAGACCUUGAACGAGCGUUUGCAGUUACAUUAGUAUGAUAAAUUAAAUGUUUUCGUGAGGAUUCGAAGGGCAUACAGUCUUCCAGGCAAGAAUCCCAUUCACAAGAAUAAAAAGAGAAGAGGAAGGCCCGAAGGCCCUUCACUCUGGGCUAUGUACAUUUAUACCGCCACGAAUGCCUUAGGCAUCUGU